UUCUCCAGGAGCUGCUGAGUUCUCUGUGAAGUAUAAAAAUAAGGAGAAAAGAAGGCAGCGACGUCACAGCAUAGUAAAUACUGCCACAAAUUAAACAAAAAGUAAAUUAUGGCGUGUCUACGAGAACUGAAGCUAGAGAUCAAGGCAUUGGAGAAGAUCUUCACCAAGACACACGAACGCUUCCAGACACUGAACUCCAGCCUGGACGAAAUCGAGUUUCGCUUCAUCGACGAGAGCGGCAAGCGAUACGACAUCAUGGCCAGCAUCACCCCGGACUACCCUGGUUCGCCGCCAGUCUGGUAUGCAGAGAGCGAGGAGACGAGCGUGGCCAGUGCCGUGCAAGUGCUCAGCCACACGGAUGGGCCGGACAAUCACCUGAUCAGCCAGGUGCGCAUUCUGCUCCAUGAGCUCUGCCAGUUGCACAAUGUGCCACUGCCGGACGAUGUAGUUAAUCUGAAGUUUCCGGUCGACGCGCCCCCGGCCGAGGAGCCGUUCGCCUCCUGCGAAGAAGCCGACUCCGAUGACUUUGAGCUCGAGGAUCCCGCUGGGGAAAACAGCGAGAAAGAACAGGAGAGCGAUGGCAAGGACGAGGAUGAGUUCGAAAUGGAUAUAUUAAUAGAUGCGGACGCUGGCGAUGAAAGCAAUGAAGGCAUGAAAAAGGAAGAUUCGGACACACUCGACAGACUGCGUAGGCAAUUAAGGAAAUAUCAUACUGAGGGCUCCAAAGAAUACUCUGUACAGUCGUCCGAUCGCUUGAUGAAGGAGCUACGUACUGUUUAUCAAUCGGAUGCCGUUAAAACUGACCAUUUCUCGGUGGAACUCGUCAAUGACUCUCUUUACGAGUGGAACGUACGCAUCAAGCGUGUGGAUCCGGACAGCACACUGCACCAGGAUCUGAUGAAGCUGAAGGAAUCGGGCGAAGAGGGGAUCGUUCUUCUUCGCAUCAACUUCAGCGACAAGUAUCCAUUCGAGCCACCAUUUGUGCGCGUCGUGUCGCCAGUCAUCCAACACGGAUUUGUGCUCUCGGGCGGUGCCAUAUGCAUGGAGCUGCUGACGAAACAGGGCUGGAGCUCCGCCUACACCAUGGAGGCGAUGAUUAUUCAAAUAAGUGCCACUCUCACCAGGGGCAGUGCCCGGGCUGUGUUGGAUCCGAAGUUGCGCGAAGGUCGCCAGUAUAACCUUCUUCGAGCCAGGGAGAAUUUCCAGUAUAUUAUGAAGUAUCACGAACAUGGUGGCUGGUUCACACCGCCCAAGAGCGACGGCUAAGGGCUAGUACAUUGAUCUGAUCUCAGUAACAAGCACCGUAAACCGCAAACCAGCACUCGAUCCACAUUCUACCACACUCUAAACGUACUCUAUAUGGCCAAUCAAUAAUACACCAAUGAAUUUGGAACAAUGAAGUAACGAAUUAACUUGUUUCUCCUUUCAAAAUUAGUAAACAUUUGAAAUUAAUUCUUCAGCAAAAGAACGAACAUCUUAAAUCGGCAGUCGAUGAUCCCAAAUUUUUAAAGUUUAUUCGUAUCACAAAAGACACAAAAAUACCGAGAGAAGAAAAUACUUGUCGGCUUGAGCACGAAAUAGCUAAAAAAAAAACCAUUCAUUGGUUUUCGGAAUAAAAAUAGGGAAAUUG